GGGGUGGUGAGGGGGGGAACGGUUGCUAGGGGCGGUGGUCGCCUGGCAACAGCCCAGUUCUUCAUCACCAGCAUCAGCACCAGACUGACAGGCUCAGGGUGCUGGUCUGAACAAACUGCAAAGAAAAGUUAAUUCUGCUGCAAGUGCCAGCAUUUCACCUUAUGCCAUCUGGCAGUUCAGGAAGAUGAUACAGUGUGUCCUUCCUGACAGUUCCCCCAUCCUGGACUUCAAUGAUUAUGGAUGUAACUGUGGCUUUGGCGGUGCUCGAAACAGUGUUGACCAGCUGGACACAUGUUGCUGGGAGCAUGAUAAAUGCUAUCGCGAGGCAAAAGCUAAUCACUGCAGGUAUCUGAUAGACAGCCCAUACAUUGAACUCUAUGACUACUCUUGCUCUGGGAAUACGAUCUCUUGCAGCAACAAUAAUAAUCCCUGUGAGACUGAUAUUUGUAAUUGUGAUCGUAUAGCAGCCAUCUGCUUUUCAGAUGCCCCUUACAACCCUCAGUAUAAAAAUUUGGACAAGGAUCUCUACUGCAACUAA